GCAUUCUUUCUUUUCCGGUCGGGCCAGGUCCACAGACCUCGACCCCAAAAUGGCGAGUCGGGGUACGGUCUCUGGGAGCUAGAGCGAUCCACUGGGGGACGGGUCCUCCAAGCCCUCCGCGCUCCGGAGCUCGGCGCCGCUCUAGCCAGGCCCGCAGGGGCGCGGGAAGCGGGCGCUUCCUCCCCAGCGCGGCGGGGAGGCGUGGCGACGUCGCAGCCCCAGUCGAGGAAGAGGGAAGUGGCGUCCGCAGAAGCCGGGACUGGGAGGAGUGCCCUUGGGGAGAAGAUCCACUCAUUGGUUUUAUACCAAACCUGACAAAGCCUCGGUUGUCAAAGGUGGCACCAGGAGGAUGUCACACAUAGGAGUAAAACUAUUCCUAGAGCAAAUGAUGAUGAGACAUCUGGAAGUGAAUGCAUGCUUGUACCCACACAUGGAGGCUUUGUGGGGGACUAAGGGGUCGGUGAAAGAGAGCUCCGGUGAGAGUAAGAAAUCCAGCCCGCGAACGGACAGUCUUGGUCCUGAGAGCGCUCGACAGCACUUUCGGAGCUUCUAUUAUCACGAAGCACCCGGACCCCUGGAGGCUGUCAGCCAACUUCAGGAAUUAUGCCAGCAGUGGCUGAGGCCCGAGAUCCACUCGAAAGAGCAGAUCUUGGAACUGCUGGUGCUUGAGCAGUUCCUGACUAUUCUGCCCAGGGAUACCCAGAACUGGGUGCAGAAGUAUCGUCCACAGAGCGUCAGAGAGGCUGUGGCCCUGGUAGAGCGCUUUCAGAGAGAGCCUAGUGGAAUAAGUGAUGAGGUCACAGCCCAUGAGCUGGGAAAGGAGGCAGUGCCCUUGGGAGGAACAGCAGUGGCCCCAGGCUUUAAGUGGAAGCCCGCAGAGCCCCAACCAAUGGGUAUGUUCCAGAAAGAAUGUUGGAAUACAUACCGGGUACUACAGGAAGAGCUGGGCUGGAAAACUCACAAAGAAACCCAGCCAGUAUGUGAAAGAGCUGGGCCUGCUCAACAGAUUCUAGCCUUUUCUGAGCAGAAAAGCACCCCAAACUGGAAGAUGCCAUCUGAGCUCAUCUUGCCUGAGUUCCAGAGCCUGUUGACAUUUGAGGAUGUGGCGGUGUCUUUCUCUGAGGAAGAAUGGCAGUUACUGGACCCUACUCAGAAGAACCUUUACAAUGACGUAAUGCAGGAGAACUAUGAGACUGUCGUCUCUCUAGGGUUAAAGCUCAAAAAUGACACUGGAAAUGGCCAACCUAUAUCUCUUUCUGCAUUAGAAAUACAAGCAUCAGGAUGCAGAGUGUUAAGAAAGGCCAGAAUGAAAGUUGCCCAGAAAACAACAGGCAAAGAAAAUCAUGGCGGGACACGCAGGGUACGGAGACGGCACCGAGCUUUUCUAGGCAGGAAAAGAAAGAAACUUUCAACUUGUAAACAAGAGCUUCCAAAACAUAAGGAUCUCCAAGGGAAAGGCCAUGCAGGGGAGAAACCUUUUAAGUGUCAGGAAUGUGAGAAAAGUUUCAGAGUUAGCUCUGACCUCAUUAAGCACCAGAGAAUUCACACUGAAGAGAAGCCCUAUAAGUGUCAACAGUGCGAUAAGAGGUUUAGAUGGAGUUCAGAUCUUAAUAAGCACUUAAUGGCCCACCAAGGAAUAAAACCGUACAGAUGCUCGUGGUGUGGGAAAAGCUUCAGUCACAAUACAAAUCUACACACACACCUAAGAAUUCACACAGGAGAGAAGCCCUUUAAAUGUUACGAAUGCGGGAAAAGAUUCAUUCAGAACUGCCACCUUAUUAAGCACCAGAGAACCCACACAGGCGAGCAGCCAUAUACUUGUAGCGUGUGCAGGAGAAACUUCAGCCGGCGCUCCAGCCUUCUUAGACACCAGAAACUCCACAGGAGAAGGGAGUCCUGUCCAGUGUCUCCAGUCUGAAGAAAGUCACCAAACGGAUCUUGACCCUAGAGGUGACGCAUGAGUAUAAAACUAUGAGGCACCAAUGAUAAAAAUUUGGCACCCACAGGAAAUGUGGGAGGGGUUCAUGGCCUACUUCACAGAAAGGAAUCUAAGCCGUCUCUCUUGUUCAGCAUUGUAUCUUCAGUGCCUAGCACAAGACUGAUACACAAUGAGUACUUGAUCAAUAAAAGAGUGGAAAUACAGCUGUCAUCUAUCUAUAGUUAUCUGUUCAUCUGUCUGUGUAUCUGUCUGCUUACUCAGCUUCCCCACCCUCGGUGAUCGGAGUUCUUCAAGUAUCAGGUGCUCAGCAGACACAUGAUGGCCAUGAGCCCUGCUCUCAUUCUUUCUCCAGAGAGAUGGAAAAUGAGAGUAUUCAGAUCCUCUGAAGGGAGCUUAGAGAGAAUUACUAAGCUGGAGAGAGUUUCUAUGGCUAUUAUUCUUUCACAGGAACAGCCAAGCCUGGGGCUGUGAGGGAACUUGAUUCUCCAGCAGGAAGGGAGCAUUCGGUGUUUGCCUGGGAGAGGUGCCCCAGGCUGUUCCCCCCAGGUCCCACUGCCACCAUGGUUUCUGUCAAGGAGUUGGAAGCAGCAGGCGAAGCCCUCAAUGGCACCACAGACCUAGCGACCCUGCAAGUGCUUCAUACCUCUCCUGAUCCUCUCAACACCGACACUGAUAGAAGGAAAUGAUGAAGGAAGCACUCCGGGCCCUUAUCCACAUAUGUAUUUCUUUGUAGAAGGCCCAGGGCCAUGGUAAAUGGCCUUUUUUUUUUUUAACUUUUCACCCUGUGGACUAAGGCUUUCAGAUUGGUGCCACACUGCUCCAGAGCCUCAAGGGAAGCCUGUUUUUAUGGCUGCUCAGCCACAACGCCAUACGCUUUGGAUGCUCUGCAGGAAAGUCUGGAAGUUUUGCAAACGGAGGUGCUGAGAAUGGCAAGGUGAACCCGGUGGCCUCAUGGCCUCAGCACACAUUGGAUAGCAGGAGGGAACAUCCAGAAGUGUCAGAGCAAAGUCAGGCCUAGAGGCAUGGCCCCAGUGAGAACGAGGUCAGAUGGAAACUGUGUUGUGAUACUGAUAGUUUCUCUUCCUCUCCCAUUGGCCUCAGGGAUUAUCUAUCUCUGGAAAAGACAAUGUCAGGUCAAGGGCAGGGCAGGGAAGUUGGAGGACAUGGAUUUGUAGCUAUGUCAGAUCCUAGUUUAAGAUGUUGGCCAAGGCUUCAAUAUAUUUAUUAUUAUAAAAUUUUACUUUUUUAGUGAUAUGGAGUGUUGGUUCAUAUUAAACAUGAAACAAAACUCCAUGGUUAGUGAAUCAGCCAGAGAGGACAGUCACUUUUUUUGGCAUAGAUCUCUCCAGAUAUUUUUUCCCAUCAAGAGACUGCUCUACGCCUGUUUUCAGGCUUGCAAAAUGAUAACUCCAUCCUCUUGGCUGCUGUGAGGAUCUAAUUAGAUGUGAACCUGCCUCACGCUGAUGGGCCACAGUAGGUGUUCAUAAGCAUUUGGAACAUUCUUCCUUCACCUUUCAGCUAUUUUU